AAACCACUGACAUACACAGUGCACCUCAGUAAACAACAUAUCAACCGAGAACACCUCUGUAACCAGCAUGCAGCAUGUAAACGGCAGAGCAGAGAGUCACCUGAGCAGUCAGGUAGAGUGUGAAUUAGAGAAUGUAGGGAAACGAGGGUGGGUGAACAAGGCAUAUUGUGACACCCCUCCACUAGAAAGGCACCCCAUCAGCACUGUCUACCACAUUCCUCCCCGUGCUGGUGCAUCUAACCCCUACCAGGCAGAGGCCACAAUGCUAAAUCAACAGCCAGCCAAGAAGAAAUCUGGAUGCUGCUCUAUAUUCCUACGAGGAAUUAAAGGUCUGUGGGGAACAACACUGACAGAGGACACAGAAAAAAACCAAGAGCUCUUCCUCAAAACAACUCUCAGAGAGUUAUUUGUCUACAUUCUUUUCCUAGUGGACAUGUGUUUAUUGACCUAUGGCAUGACCAGCUCAAGCACCUACUACUACACUAAAGCUAUGAAUGAUUUGUUUGUGAAUUCAUUUGAGUCCAUUGCCAGCAUGGACGAUUUUUGGACAUAUGCAGAAGGUCCACUGCUGGAUGGUCUUUACUGGACCACAUGGUACAAUGAUAAGCCUCUCGACACCGGCUCACAGUCCUUCAUUUACUAUGAGAACAUGCUCCUGGGAGUCCCACGAAUGAGACAGCUUAAAGUCCAAAACAGUUCGUGCAAAGUGCCCAAAGACUUCCGUUCUGAAAUUAGUAGCUGCUUUGAUGUGUACAAUGAGAAGAAAGAAGAUGUCGAUCAAUUUGGACUUGUCAAUGGAUCAGCUUGGACAUACCAUACAGAAGCUCAGAUGAAGGGUUCAAGUCACUGGGGUUUGUUGGCCACAUACAGUGGAGCAGGGUACUAUCAGGACCUUUCCUUGAUCAAAGAUGAAAGUGCUGCUCUCAUGGCAGAACUCAAAGAAAACCUGUGGCUAGACCAUGGAACCAGAGCGGUUUUCAUUGAUUUUACCACAUACAAUGCCAACAUCAAUCUCUUCUGUGUUAUAAGGUUGGUGGUUGAGUUCUCCGCCACUGGUGGAGCAAUACCUUCAUACCAGAUACGGACAGUUAAGCUGAUUCGCUACGUUACCUCAUGGGAUAACUUCAUCAUCGGCUGUGAGAUAGUCUUUUGUGUAUUCAUCCUUUACUACAUUGUGGAGGAGAUACUGGAGGUUCGAAUACACAAGUGCUCAUACUUUACCAAUGUGUGGAACAUUCUGGAUGUGGUAGUGUUGCUGCUUGCUGUUGUUGCAAUAAUCUUCAAUGCAUUCCGGACUAUCAAAGUAAACAACCUACUUGGAAGCUUACUAAAAGACCCUAGCUCCUAUGCAGAUUUUGAAUUUCUGGCAUUUUGGCAAACACAGUACAACAACAUGAAUGCUGUAAACUUGUUUUUUGCUUGGAUCAAGAUAUUCAAAUACAUCAGUUUCAAUAAAACAAUGACACAGCUGUCCUCCACACUGGCACGUUGUGCCACUGACAUCCUGGGGUUUGCUGUCAUGUUCUUCAUUGUGUUUUUUGCCUAUGCCCAGCUGGGCUAUCUUCUGUUUGGUACUCAGGUUGUAUCAUUCAGCACAUUUCAAAAAUGCAUUUUCACCCAGUUUCGGAUCAUCCUUGGAGACUUUGACUAUGAUUCCAUUGACCAAGCAAACAGAAUCCUGGGGCCAAUAUAUUUUUUCACUUAUGUGUUCUUUGUUUUCUUUGUGUUACUGAACAUGUUUCUGGCCAUCAUCAAUGACACAUACUCCGAGGUCAAGGAGGAGCUUGCCUCGCACAGUGAUGACAUCCAUAUUACAGAUCUUUUUAAACAGACCGUGAUGAAACUGAAAUUCAAAAAGGACAGGAUCUCAGAUGUUCAAAGGGCCUUAGAUGGGUCAACAGACUUGGAGUUUAGAGACUUCAGAGAAACACUGAAAGAAAUGGGUCACGAUGAUCAUGAUAUCUCUGAAGCUUUCACCAAAUAUGAUAAGGAUGGUAAUCAAAUUCUAGACCGUGAGGAGCAAGAUAAAAUGAAACGAGAGCUGGAAGAAAAAAGGAAUGCACUCAAUGCAGAGCUUCAGAAUCUUACGCAUGGAAAUAAAACAGAGGACAACAUGACAACCUCUAGCUCAGUGCAUCAGGAAAAGUUUCACAUGUUGGUUAAACAAGUGGCUGAAUUGGAAGGUGCUUUAGCCAUCACAACAUCCAAGCUUGACAUGGUCAUGGAAAAAUUAGGAUUGCACGAUACUGAAAAAGCAAACAAAAGACAAAAGAAUGGACAAACACCUGGCAACCAGAAAUGAGCAAGACAAUGCACAUCUGGAAGACUACAUUUUGGUAAACCUGGAGCGAGUUCCCAUCUUGGUCAUUGGCUGCUUGAUCAGAUCAUCAGAUAUUUCCAGCCCACUGUUACAGAGAGCAUUAACUCUACAGGACACAGAAGCUUUCAUGACUGAAAUGUUUCAAUCUAAAUGGCUAUAGGAAACAAACUACUACACCCAUUAGAGAAGAUAUUAUGCUCAUCCAGGGAUAUAGCAUACGUAGAUGGCUAUGGUUUAAAAAAAACUAUCAUUGAGAUAAAAUUGCCAUUUUAAAAAUUCUGCAUGUAUUUAAACAAACAUUUCAUCACAGGAGCAGGAAGACAUCAACCUGUAGAAAUCACACAGACUAAGUCUUUUAUGUCCUGUGUAUUUGCUGCAUUGUGAAACUAGAGUACCUGCCAUACAUUUUUAAUUAUAACCAAUUAGUGACAUGUGUGAGUCUAAUCAAUUCUGUACAGCAGCUCAAGGGUCUAAACUAGGGGUCUUAAGAGUUUAAAUUUCAAGAGCACAAAGAUAGACAUUGCUGCUCCACUGAGCAAAAGGCACAAAUUUUCACAUGAAUAAACUCGUAUAAAAGCAUUUGCCCAAUGAAUUAAAAGUAAGACCCCAUAUGAUAUGAGAUUAAAAGAUGUUAGAUGUAAAUACCACAUUAAGUCAUAGAUUCUGUGCCCUGGCUUCACCAUUUGGCUAGAAUGUAAAAACAGACUUAAUAUUUAAAUCAUCAUAUUCCUGUGUGUAAAGUGUGUAACUUUACUAAUGCUAACUAUUACCCUUGGAAAAAUAAGCAUAUUUAAAAGCUUUUAAUGUAUUACAUGUAAUUAAUUUUAGGCAUAUUAGAACUUAAAGA